UUAAUUUUUGUUUUUGAAGUCUCUGGAUGCCGGUGACGUAAUCCUGUCUCACGUGAUUCAAAGUGGGCGUGUCCGUUUGCCUUGUUUUCCGGAAACAUGGAGGCUGUUCUGAGUGAUAUAGUAGCUCCUGAGGACCUUUUGAGAUUUGAGAAGAAAUACAAAAAUGAGCAAGACAAGGGGGGCGUUUCCAAGGAAACAAAGUUCGAGUAUGCCUGGUGUUUGAUCAGGAGUAAAUACACGCGGGACAUCCAGAAGGGAAUCACGUUGUUGGAGGAACUUGUCCACAAAUCUCCAAAAGAUGACUCCAGAGACUUUCUUUUCUACCUCGCAGUGGCCAACUACAGACUCAAAGAGUACGAGCGGGCCCUGCGCUACAUCCGGACCCUCCUGAAGAACGAGCCGGAGAACAAGCAGGCCCUGGAGAUGGAGAAACUCAUCGAUAAGGCUUUGAAGAAAGAUGGCUUGGUCGGCAUGGCGAUCGUCGGGGGGAUCGGGCUGAGCGUGGUCGGAUUAGCGGGCCUCAUCGGCUUGGCGGUGUCAAAAGGAGCGGCAAAAUCUUAACCCGGAUGUUCUGUUUUUUUCUGGACUAAAAAUAAAAGUGCUAAAAAAUAAAAACAAAUCCUUA